UAAUGAUGAUGAUGAUAAUAAUAAUAAUAAUAAAAAAACGAAGAAUAAAAAAGAAAAAAGGCGAGAUCAAAUUCGUUCUUAGGUGUAGUAGACGUGAGACGAGGAGAAAUGUCAAUGUCAUACGUAUCAAAUUUUAUUGAACAGGGCAAUGCGUUUCCUGUAUAUCGUCGUUCCCUCCGCAAUAACGUAAACGUGUGCCCCAGGUUUUUCUGGUUGGGAUGCCUUGCGGGAGACUUUUUCCCAAAGGGGUAUAUAAAACCGUGUAACGAAGGUAGAUGAACAACACAAUACGUAGGUACUUUGGCGAGUACUGUUCACUUCGGCAGCGCUAAGGAACCAACAUAAUCCAAUUAUAAUAUCUCCCUCUUUGAGUUUCAUCAUGAAAUUUCUCAUCGUAUUUACCGCCAUAUUGGCCGUUGCCAUUGGUCAUCCUGGAGUUAUAUUGAAUUCAGCUCCACUCGCCUAUGCAAGAUUAUUACCCGGUGCGCCAAUCGGAUUGGACGGACGAGUAGUUGAUACUCCUGAAGUAGCUCUGGCGAAAGCGGAACAUGCGGCAGCUCAUGUCAAUGAAAGGAUCAAUCUUGCCAACGAAGCUGUUAAAUCUACUGAAGUUCUCGUACCCGCGACAUACGGUGCUCCUCUUGUCGCACCACUUCUUAGUCCGGCAUUAUCAUUAACGGCAACUAAAUUAACCCCAGGUGCACCAAUUGGUGCCGAUGGACGUGUCGUUGAUACACCGGAAGUUGUCAUUGCCAAGGCCGAACAUGCUGCCGCACAAAUCAACGAAAGGCUGGGAUUGGCUCAGGAGGCUGUCAAAGCGACAUCCGCUGAUCUUCCGUUAAUCGUAUCCUCGCCUCUUUUAUACGCGAAAUAUCAUGAACGAAGGAGGUGUAUAUGUGAUAGGAGCAGGAGGAGCAGCAGCAGCAGCAGCAGCAGCAGCAGCAGCAGCAGCAGCAGCAGCAGCAGCAGCAGCAGCAGCGGCAGCAGCAGCAGCAGCAGCAGCAACAGCAGCAACAGUAGUAGUAGAAUUACAAGCGAGUACUGGUUAAACCAGCAGCGCUUUGAAGAAGAAGAAAAAAAAAGAAAGAAAGGAAGGAAAAGGGAAAAAGGAAGAACCCCGUUCCUCACAACCCCCACUCACCACUUACAACAGGUCGUCAUGCAAGUCUCGAUACUCUUACUGAUCGCUAUGAUCGCGAGUACCAGGGCCGGUUAUAUCGCCCCCGAUUCACCCUCAUUUUAUGGCGAGCCACAAUUAGAAACCCAACGAUCUCCAACAAGAUUUCCACCACCCGCACCAGUUGGACAAGAUGGUAACGUUAUCGAUACACCCGAGGUAGCACAAGCUAAGGCUGCACACUUUGCCGAAUUUGCUAAAGCGGCUGCAAGAGCCGUCGAAGAGAGCAAGAAUCAAAAGGCAACCUUCGACGAUUCUUCAAAUCCUAGAGCAACCUUGUCGCAAUCAUACAAUAAUUAUCCUUCGAACGUUCAACAAACGUCUCCACCCUUAUACAGACAACAAAAUUAUCAAGCAGCUUAUCAACAACCUCAACCAGCUUAUCAACAACCUCAACCAGCUUUCCAACAACAACAACAACAACAACAACAACCCUUUCCUUAUCAAAACAAUCCUUUACCACCUUUACAAUCUCAAUAUAAUCAUCCUGCUGUACAUCCCGUUAAUCCUCCUACUUAUCAACAAACGACGCAAUACGAAAAACAACCACGGCCAAAUUUCAUUAAUCAAAAGAGUAAUAACUUUGGUCCACCUGCAAAAGCUACUUUCAUUCCUGCUCCUCUUGCCGAGGACGGGACCGUUUUGGAUACACCUGAGGUCGCUGCCCUCAAGGCAGCCAGACUCGCCGAACUCGCCGAUGCCGAGGCCAGGGCCUACAAGUACAGUGCCGCCGCUGCUAGGAAGUUUCCUGGACCUCAAGGUCAAGCUUAUCCCGAAACUCAGGCUGAUGGACCAUCUCCGAUAAAUUACAAUUCGGCAGGUUCGCAAUUUGAUCCCUCUUAUACAAGUGGAUCAUCGGCACAAUCCUUCGCGCCACAGCAAGGACCUUUUUCUAAAUCCUUCCAACCUGGCCAAGGAUAUCAAUCACAUAAUAAUUAUCAAUCGCCGCAGUACGUAGGCUCCUCUAAUCAACGAGUUGCGAUUUAUAUGAGAUCGACAAAUUGUGGUAGAAAGAGGAACACCUUGAAAGGACCUAAGAUAGUACUGUCUGUGCUCCUCGUAAUGGCGAGCACCGAGGCUAAGUACAUAUUGGAACCCAUAUACGAAUAUCGUGGACCACCGGCACCCCUAUCAAAAGAUGGUAGGGUAUUAGAAACCGCGGAGGUUUUACGAGCACGUAACGCACACAUGGCGGCACACGCGGAAGCUUUGUCGAGAAUAAGAGAAAUUGAAAGAAACGAUUAUAACGAGAGGAUGGUGAGACCUACAAUGAUGUCACCUAUUAUGUCACCAAUGAUGUCACCAACGAUGACAAUGAAAACUAACACGAGAACGCGUUCGAUUGCUCCGCUAUCGCCCGAUGGCCGUGUUCUUGACACUCCUGAGUUUAUUACAAAACAAAACAAAACAAAACAAACAAUCACCACCAACGACAACAAUAAAAACAACAACAACAACAACAACAACAACAACAAGGUGGCUAAGGCAAAAGCUGCACAUUUAGCUGCACAUGCACGAACAACCUCAAGACUGGCCGCAGCUGCGGCUUCCGCAGCAACGGCACAAUACCGAUUGGACGUUUACGAUGGCCGUAGAAAUCUAGUAUACCUGGCACCUGUUCGAGUUAAUUAUCCAACUGUAUCCCCGAUAGGAUAUCGAGGACCACCUGCACCAAUUGGACCUGAUGGACGUGUCAUCGACACUCCGGAAGUUGCGAGAGCCCGUGCUGCUCACAUGAAAGCACGAGCCCACGCGCUUGCAAUGCUAUCUCGUCGCGAAAAUAAUUAUUAUUAAAUUACGAACGUGUAGAGAGCGUCGAAUAAUCUAUAUUAAGUUAGUUAAAUUUAGAAUGUGUCAUCUCUAUCUCUAUUUCUAUCUAUAUCCGUCUAUAUCUGUCUGUCUAUCUUUCUC